UCCAGGGGGACUCUUGGAUGGGGCAAGAGUGGGGUGGGGGAGGUUUGGGGCUGCCCGUGGGCAGGCAGAAGGGUUUCCCUGGGGAAGGAGGCAGCUGGAGGCCAGCAGGCAGCAGGAACCUCCAAUUCCGCUGUACCGGGAUGCUCAUGGCCCAUGGGGUGACACCCCCGGCGUGCCCACGGUCCCAGACCCACAAAUGGGAAGGAAACAGAGGAAUUGCACCCCAUGCACAGGGAUUUGGGGGCUGGGAGGGCCCAGGGCCCUGCUGGGCAGCAGCAAGGGGGGACGGGGAGGAGGACGCGGUGUGGGUGGUGGCAGGGCAGAGAUGCCCAAGGGGCUGCCCGCUUCCAGCACGAGCCCGGUGGCAUGUGGCACUGUCCCCAGUGUCCCCAGUGUCGCCCUGGAUACUGCUGCCAUCUGCUGGCAGGACCCAAUCCUGCUCCGGUCCUGAGUCCAGCUGCUGCACCAAGGCUGUGGGUGCCCUCUGUCACCCCGCUGUCCCGCAGGGUGGCGCAGCCCCGUGCCUGGCUCCAUGCCCAACACCCCAGGGUGCCCCACGCCAUGACCCCAAGGAAGCCGGGCUCCAAAAUGCCUCCAUCGGGGCCAUCAUCCUGCUCCGCUCUGCUCCCAAACCCGCUGGGAACCAACCUCCCCCCGGCUCUCCGACGCCUCCGCGCCCACCUCGCCCCGGCCUCUCCAUCCCGUGCCCUCUGCAAGCAGAGGCAGAAGGGGCAAGGUCCAAAUCCUCCCCGCACGUGGGCUCGGCGAUGCAGGAUCGGCCCCUUUGGCUGCCUCUGCGGGGCGGUUUCUCCAGGCACCGUCCAGCCCUGCUCCCGCGGGGCUGCAGGGACGGGACUCUCGCCCCGCGGCUGAGCCCCAGCCCCGUCCCCUGGGUCUGGCCGGGCUGCGGUGACCGCGGGGACUCGCCACAUCCCGUCCUCCUCGUGACAGCAAGCACACACACCCAGUUCCCACGGCCCCCCCCCGGCCUUCCCAGCCUCACCGCUUCCCCUGGGACCAUGCUGGGGAUAAUGGCCAAGGACUGGUGCACCACCGGGUGCGGGGACACCCAGGGACACCCCGCACAUCCCUCUCUGCUUCCCAUGGACACCAAGCACCGCGGCUCGUCCCUCCCCGGGCAGAUGGCAGCGGCUUCCUGCUGGAAAAUGCCCAAGCCCGUUGGGAGGGACUGAGCCGCAGCUGUCCCCGGUUUAAUUCCUCGCUGCAAAGCAAAGCCAGCGCCCGGCGGAUUUUCUGUGCGCUUCGUGCCACGGCCCACGCAUGCGCCAGGAAGGUUUUGUGGUGUCGGGGACCUCGCCGGCAGUGCUCUGCGUGCGAGCCCUGCACACACGGUGCCUGCAGCCCACAAGAGCGGCAGGAAGUCAUUUUGGUCUAAAAGGGAUAGAUUUUUUUUUUCCUGCAAAAGGAAAGCUGGAAAAAUCAGCCCCCAAACAGCCCCAAAAGGCCAGGAACAGCCAUGCGGAAACUUCGCUGUUUGGAGGCUGGCACCUGGCACGUUGUUUUCGGUCUGAUUUCCAAAGAAACCAGGUGCGUGCAUCCACCCCCUUUAUCGCCUCCUCUGCCCAGCCCGCCCUCUGUGAUUGCAUCCCCACAUCUGCAGAAAGAACCCUUCCCACCGAGCCACCUUCCGCGGGCUGCGCAGGGGCGCUCAGCCCCUACGAGACAUCAAAGCCUCUCCCAGCAGCGCUCACACACUUCACCCACAUCCUCGACCCGCGUGCCCGGCCCGUCGCCAUCCAAUUUCCUUCCAAAAUCCCACAGGCACCCGACAAACGGUCCGAGCGGGACCCUCCACAUCGGGGCAGCACAUCUGGGUGGCACAUCUGGGCAGCCGUGCCCGCCGGCAGGCAGCAUCCCUCGUGGCUUUUGCCGUUUCGCCCCGGCAGGGCGCUGACAUCAGCGCGGUUUCCUGCCCGCCGGCAGCGCCGUGCGCCUGCCCCGUGCCCCACAGCCCCACGCCGUGGGGCAGCGAGCCCCACGCAGCCCCGGGGGGACCCCGCUCGCGCCCCGCGGCAGCCGGCGGGAUGGAGUCGGUGGCCCUGUACAACUUCCAGGCGACGGAGAAGGACGAGCUGCCCUUCCAGAAAGGGGACACGCUGAAGAUCCUCAACAUGGAAGAUGACCAGAACUGGUACAAGGCCGAGCUGUACGGCUGCGAGGGCUUCGUCCCCAAAAACUACAUCAAGGUCAAGCCCCACCCGUGGUACGCGGGCAGGAUCUCCCGGCACCUGGCGGAGGAGCUGCUCCUCAAGCGCAAGUACCUGGGCGCCUUCCUGAUCCGCGAGAGCGAGAGCGCCCCGGGGGAGUUCUCCGUCUCCGUCAACUACGGGCAGCACGUCCAGCAUUUCAAGGUGCUCCGGGAGCGCAACGGCAAGUAUUUCCUCUGGGAGGAGAAGUUCAACUCCCUCAACGAGCUGGUGGACUUCUACAGGACCACCACCAUCGCCAAGAAGCAGCAGAUCUUCCUCCGGGACAACGACCAGAGCCCAGAGGUGAGGAGACCCAAAUUCGUGCAAGCCCAAUUCGACUUCUCGGCCCACGACAGCUCCCAGCUGCCCUUCUACCGCGGGGACAUCAUCGAGGUGCUGGACUGCCCCGACCCCAACUGGUGGCAGGGGAAGAUUUACGGGCGCGUCGGCCUCUUCCCCCGCAACUACGUCCACCCCCUGCGCAAGUGAGCUGCCCGCCGCCCCGCUCUGCGCGUGGCCCCCCCCCGCCCCCUCGCCAUCCCCACGCCGUCCUCACACCGUCCCCACACAGCGUGGGCUGCACAUCCCGGCGUGGUGCCUCCCACGGAGGCCGUGCCAGCAGCGGAGGCUGUGCCAAGGGUGGAGGCCAGGCUGGCCAGGCUUCCAUCCCGAGGCUGCCCUGCUCCCGGUGCCGACAAAUAACCCGGCGGGAGGAAGCGUAGGGCCAUGCAAAAUCAAAGAGGCGUAAAAACUUUUCCGGAGCUGCCGAGGGGAGCAGCUGGAGCCCAGCUCCUGCCGGGGAGGGGAGGCUGCGCUGCUGGCACCCGGAACCGCCUCCACCACCGCGCCGAGCCGCCGCAGUCCCGUGCCCAGUAAAUGGAAAACACCGCGGCAGGCCCAGCCCGGACUGCCUUCUUGCUGGGGCCGUGAUGGGUGGCAGCUCCUCGCCAGGACCUUUUGAAGCCCCUGCUCCCCAGAGAGCUGCAGGCAGCCGAAAAAUGGCCGGGACGUGGCUGAGCUCGGUAACGCUGUGCAGGGUGCCAGGACUGGCUGCCCCGGAGGAAUUCAGUCCUGCUGGUGCUGUUUGUAGCUGCAAAGUGUGGCUUUUUAAUAUUUUAUUUAGAGCUAGUAAAGUGUGUUUGGAUGAAACCCUCGA